AGGAAAGGACCUGCCUUGGUUGCUGCAGACAAUGCAAAAAGAAAUCACACAGAUACAAGUGCUGCUGAUCGCUUGAAACGCUCGCAAGAUGGGGAUGGUCAGCAAGAAGCGCGGAGUGGAGCUCGGCUCGGUGGCGGAGUCGCCCAAGAAGCUGAAAGUGGCGCCCGAGCCGGUCGAGCCCGAGGCCUCAGAACCGAAACUCAGUGCGGAGAAGCCACUUGGACCAGCGGCAUGGAGGUUCCGCGCCAAGUUUCAGAUCUCGGCUGCGCGCGCGCAGCAGCCGAAGCUUCCUGAGCCGGUGCAGAGCUUCGAGGAGGCGCCAUUUGGCAGGCGCUUGAAGGAUGCUUUGAUGGAGAGUUUCUCGGCACCCUCACCCAUCCAGGCGCAAGCAUGGCCCAUUUGCCAGCUGGGUCACGAUUUGGUCGCCGUGGCGAAGACGGGCAGCGGAAAGACGUUGGCUUUCUUGCUCCCUGCCUUCAAGCUGAUCAGCAGGUGGUCCAAGAGCAAUGAGGAGAUGCCAGGACAUCCAUUGGUCUUGGUCUUGGCGCCCACGCGGGAGUUGGCCACACAGAUCCAGAACGAGUGCGAGCGCUUCGCAUCGGCGAAGGUCCGGUCCAUGGCGAUCUUCGGUGGGACGCCGAAGGGGCCACAGGGGAAGGAACUGAAGAAGAAGAUGCCACAGGUCUUGGUGGCGACUCCAGGACGUUUACAGGACUUCUUGAGCAGUGGUGAGGUCAAUCUGUCACAAGCUCAACUGCUGGUCCUGGAUGAGGCGGAUCGAAUGCUGGACAUGGGAUUCGAGCCGGAGAUUGCCAAGAUUCUAUCGCAGGCACCUCCAGCGCGGCAGACGCUGCUCUUCACGGCGACGUGGCCUAAGGCGGUGAAACGCAUCGCAGAGAAGUACCUGACGCUCAGACCAAGGCACGUGAACGUAGGAGAGACUGAGGAGUUGGCGGCGAAUAAAGCGGUGAGUCAGGAGUUCUUCCGCUUGGGUGACGAUGAGAAGGAUGACAAGCUUUGGCAAAUCCUCAGCGGCCUGAGCGAUGAUGCCAAGGCGAUUUGCUUUGCAAAUACCAAGAGGCGCAUUGAUUCCUUCCAGAAGACCUUUUGGUCCAAAGGCUUUGACUCUGUGGCCCUACAUGGCGACAAGCCACAGAAGGAUCGGGAUCGAGAUUUGGAGAAGUUUACGAAAGGCGAAUGCUGGCUGAUGUUUGCCACUGACGUGUGUUCCAGAGGCUUGGACAUCAAAGAUGUGACCCAUGUGGUGAAUUUGGACAUGGCGCGAGAUGUCGAAAGCUAUGUGCACCGGAUUGGACGGACGGGCCGCGCAGGGAGGAAAGGCACCUCGCUGACCUUCUGGAACGAGGCAUAUGACAUGGAUUGCGCACCAGCGUUGGUGAAGAUUGCCACUGAGGCUGGCCAGUCCGUCCCAGACUGGCUCGAGAAGGCUGCUCAGAAGCAAAAACAAGCGAAGAACAAAGCGUGGAGAUACUAAAGGACGAGAAGGUCGAGUCUUGAGUGGUUUUCCAGCACUUUGAUGGGUGCUUCAUGCAAAUCUCCGAUGUCCAAGCGCCCCAGACAUGGGACC